AGAAUGAAGAGAGAGAAAGAGAGAGAAAGAGAGAGAGAAGGGAACCGGAGGUGGAGAAAGGAUAUAAAAGGGACCGGCCCGAUACCGGCACCGGCCCUGAACCGCGAAGCUUCUCCAAUCCCAAAUUCCUCUUCUUCUUCUUCUUGGUGAAACUCUAACCCUAGCCCUAACCAUUCUCUUCGAUUCGUGAUCGUAUCAUUCAUCGGUCUUUAUCCCUAGCAAUGUUGCGAUCGAUCUACUUAGUGUUGGAUUGAUUGCAUCGGAUGUCUGGGGAGGAGACAUAGGGCGAGGGGUUUUGGGGUUGGAGUCUUUGGAUGGCGGUGGGUUGUUGAUCAGACGGUGUUAGGGCGAUGGAGGAGGACGGAUCGGGGGGUGGGGACUUGGUGCGUAGGCCGUCGGGUUCAGCUUCACCGUCGCAGCCGCGUGAAGGGGCGUUCCGGCCGUUCAAGGGGUUCCGGUCUUCUGGCGAGUCGUCUCUGAAAUCUAGGUCUUUGCGCGUAGUCGUGGGGAUGCCUAUGGUUGCAAGAUUAACUAGGGACAUAAUUUACACAUACCAAUUAUGCAAUCCAAACUUCAAGUAUUCAGAUGCAUUAAAUCCUAGGCGGUUUCUUACAAAUCCAUCAGCAGGAGUGCUAAAUGAUGGGUUUGAUAAUGUUAAUUCUGAUCUGAUCCUGCAUGCAAAUUUGGAACUGGUGAAUUCAGAGUCAAAACAAAGAUAUAUUGUCAAAGAUAUGCUUGGUCAAGGGACUUUUGGACAAGUUGCCAAGUGUUGGGUAUCGGAAACCAACAGCUUUGUUGCCGUCAAGAUUAUUAAAAAUCAGCCUGCUUUUUACCAACAAGCACUGGUAGAAGUUGCCAUCCUGAGCAAGCUGAAUGAGUUUGAUCCUGUUGAUAAGCAUCACAUUGUCAGAAUCCUUGAUUAUUUUGUGUUUCAACGUCAUUUAUGCAUCACGUUUGAAAUGCUAGGCAAUAAUCUAUUUGAGCUUAUGAAAAUGAACCAUUUCAAAGGGUUGUCAUUGAGCAUCGUCCAAAUGUUCUCAAAACAGAUCUUGGAUGCAUUAGUUGUAAUGAGGGAGGCUGACAUCAUACAUUGUGAUUUGAAGCCAGAAAACAUUCUUAUUUCAACAGCUGUGAAGCCAACAAAAAUAAAAGUGAUUGAUUUUGGCUCAGCGUGCAUGGAGGGACGGACAGUUUAUUCGUACAUUCAGAGCCGGUAUUACAGGUCUCCGGAGGUUCUCCUUGGCUGCGCAUACACGACUGCUAUUGACAUGUGGUCAUUUGGAUGUAUUGUUGCUGAACUAUUUUUAGGGUUACCUCUAUUUCCUGGAGCUUCAGAAUAUGAUCUUCUCAUAAGGAUGAUUGAGACUCUUGGUGCACAGCCACCUGAUGAUCUGCUUUGGAAAGCUAAAAAUGCCAGCAAGUUCUUUAAGAAGGUUGGGAGCAUCUACCAUGCGAAGGAUGAUGAAGCUUGCAAGCGAAACAUGAGUGCUUACAGAGUUUUAGGUGAAGAAGAGUAUGAAGCUCGGGAAUCAGAAAAACCUCUGAUAGGAAAACGAUAUUUUAAUUUCAUAAAGCUCGAGGAUAUAGUUGUUAAUUAUCCAUACAGGAAGAAUUUGUCUGAAGAUGAACUUUCCAAAGAAAAGCUAACUCGCUUGGCUCUGAUUGAUUUUUUGAGAGGUCUCGUGCAUUUUGAUCCAAAGAAGCGGUGGUCACCUUGGCAGGCUUCACGUCAUCCGUUUGUUACUGGUGAACCUUUUUCAUGCCCGUAUGAGCCUCCUUCAGAGACCCCACGUAUUCCUGUCAUGCAUACUAUUACAGUGGAUCACAAUCCCGUAGGGGGGCAUUGGCAUGCUGCUGGGCUGUCACCUCAGGUUUUAAGCCUCAACAGAUGUGUUCCACAGAAUAGUCCUCAUUUUCAGAUGGCUCCUUUUUCUUAUGGUAGUUAUGGUAGCAUGGGAAGCCACGGUAGCUAUAAUGAUAAUGUUGGCCUUGCUGGUAGCUAUGGGAGCCAUGGUGAUGUUAACGGCAAUUACACAUGCUACCCUCAAAUUGGUCAUGGCUUGAGCAUUCAUGCACAAGUUGGAGGUUCUCUUCUGGGAGUAAGCCCUGAUGGCAGACGUAGACACCCAUUUUCUCAUGGAAAUAGUGUUAGUGUGAGCCCUUCUACUGGGAAUAUCGCUCCGAUGUCUCUGGGAGCAAGCCCUUCCCAGUUUACUCCACCAACGUCCCAAUUGCAGAUCUCAACUGUUUCUCCUGGGAAGUAUGGCCCCACUUCGCCUGCUAGAGGCAGCAGUCAUGGCUCCCCACUUGGCAAAGCGGUUGCCAUUGGCCAAUAUAACAGGAGGAGAAGUUGGGGCACCCCUGGAACUUUGCAUAUGCAACCUCAUGAGAAUGCUUCACAACAAUGGCAUGGUCAUCAUAUUGAUGGCAGUACUUCUAUUUACCCUGAUACUUAUUCUCGGGAGCAUACUUCUCACACUUCAUAUUCAGCUUCUAAUUUCUCUAACUGGAGGCAACAAAGGAGUGGUGGAACUGUAUUAUCUUCUGGUCCAACUACAACCACUUACCAUAAUUUCACUGCAUCUCAUACAUUUGUGCACAAUCAAGAACUACUGUGUGAGAAGCCUGAAAGCAGCUCAUCAGCACUUAAUCCUGCUGAUUGGGAUCCUAACUACAGUGAUGACCUCCUUCUAGAAGAGGAUGACUCAGAAGUCAGCUCCCUAUCCCUUAGGCUUGCUGAUAAUGCUCGCUUUAUUGAUGCAUUUGAUGCUGGAAUUGGACCUAGUGCAGCUAAUCAAUUGAGUCAUGGCCACAUGCAGGCCCAUAGAUCCUCAAAUUUCAGUUCUUCAAAUCAGAGAACAGACGGAAGGAUUCCAGAAUAUUCUGUGUGUGAUGGCAGCCCACCAUCUACCCAUGAUGCGCAUACAGGCCAUGGCUGGUUAUCUCAUUUUCAACCGAACUCCCCCAGUCGCUUUCGGCAGCAAUCUGCUCACAGCGUUAACCACAUGUACUCAGCUAACUUGCAUGGUGAGUGCACUCCUCAAGCCAGCCAGCACUCCCACUCCAACUAUGGCCUGGCUGAUUCACAUAGUCCACACACCAGUUUAUUGGGUAAUGGCAAUGCCUGGGGUCGAAGAGCUGCACAUCCAAUUGCCACGACUCUACCAUCAUAUCAUUCAAGAAAGGACUUUGGAAGAAUCUCCUGAUGUUGAGCAAGCAGCGUUGCUUUCAAUUUCUUAUUGAAUCACAAGCCGGCAAUGAAAUUGUGCUUGAAAUUUCUUUAUGCCUGUGCUGUCUGUGGCUAUAUAUCUUUUGGCUUCUUGUUAGUCCAUUGUGCUUCAUAAGUUAUAGUUCCGCAAUCAACACAUUCUUUCUGAUAAUGUUAUUGUUAUCUUCAAAUUUUUA